AUGGACGGUCAAGAUUCUCACCUUCUUGCAACAACAACAUUAAGUAUGACAUCAAUGGAAGCACGCGAGCGAUUACACGCAAUAAUGACAAGUGAUAUGGCUGAGGUAAUUGAGCAAAUUGGUCAAACAUUAGAAGCGUGUAAUCUGAAAAGGGCUCGACUUCUUCAACGACUUGAUGAAGUUUCGAGAGCAGUCGAAGCUGUUCGAAAUGAAUGUGGAUGUAUUGAUACAACUAUUGCGAGUAAGGUACUCAAUUUAAAUAAAAUAGCUACACAAAUUGUUCAACAAAUGGCUCUUGUAAACAUUCCUGAUCCACCACCACCAGUUGAACCAUUGCCUCCACCCAUUGUUGAAAUUGAUCUGACUGCUGUUCAUACUCGUUUGACUGGUCUCGAUCAUAUGGUUUCUGAUUUAACUAAACUUAUUCUUGAAAAAGAAGAAACUGUUCUUUAUGUUAUUAAUAAACGGCCAGGCACUGGAGAAAUUACAACAAGUGUCCAUUCACCUAUGCGAUCAGGAGAUGUACGGCACAAAAACGAAGAGCAUGUUCAAGAUCAAAUGACAACGCUUCAAACCAUAGUACGAAGUAUUCAAAGUGAAGAUCAGAAUAACGCAAAAGAAAUUCAACGGCAUAGAUUUCAUCUUCACCAUCGUCAAGCAAGACAAUUGCCGCAUAUACUUCCACCAUUUGAUGAUGAAGAAGAAAGUAGUCAUAUCAAUGGACAACAAAAUGGCCAUCACAUCCAUCAUCAUGUUGAUGAAGAUGAUGAAACAUCACGUGGUUCCGAUCAAACAACUGUAGGACCAUGUACAUUGUGUCUGCAAGAAAGGACAGAAGAAACUACUAAACGAUCGAAUGAUCGUCGUUCAGUUACUAGUAGUAAUUAUACCGAUCGAUCUUCUAGUUUACCUGCUACGUCUGCUGAUGGUGCUGUAAGUAGCAAUCGUGGUUUAGGUGAAGCAUUAGCUUCAAAUGGUAAAGAAAUAAUUUAUUAUGAUUAUGAACGAGAAAUGAUCUGUAUGGCAGAUGUCGAAGGAUAUUCAAUCAAAUUUCAACAUGGCUUAAUUGUUGAUUUAUGCUGGUGGCCAUUAAAUAGUCAAUGGUUAAUAUUAAGUGAACAAGGUUUAUAUCGAUGGAAAGCAGGUGAAAAUGAAUAUUAUGAUGCCUACGAAUUUUCCAAUGGUGAAAUUGGCUUUCGACGUAUUGCUGUAACGAGUACAAGUGUAUUUUGUUUAUUUCGAUAUAGUCUUAUGUUACUUGAAUUAUCGAAUGCUAUGCAAAUGAAACGUCUUCAUGCGCUUGCACCACCGGAGACACGAUAUCGAAAAUUAGCGGAUAUAUCUGUUAGAAAAAUUUUACAAGAAGAUGGCAGCGAAGAAGAUGUACUAGGUUUAAUUUGGUUUGGUAGUGGACCAGGCAUUUUGCUCGAAGAACGACACGUGUCACUUCAAGCAAAUAAUAUGCAUGAACGUUUAUUUCGUCAUGUACCUAUUCAGCAUGGUCGUUACGCACGUUUAUCUUCGUAUGAAGAUGGUCGAGCAUGGUUAAUAAGUAACACUGGUGCCGAUGUUUUCUGGAUUGUUGACAAUAUGCAUGUGCCUGUUGGUCAACGGGAAGCAUCAGCAACAUGGGUUAAAGUUAGCAGUGGUACACCGAUUAGAUAUUAUUUACAAAUGACAUCAACAUUUUUUCAUUCGACUAUACGAUAG